AUGGACAUUGACACUAAAAUCAAGGCUUACCGCUUCGUCGCCUAUUCGGCUGUUGUUUUCUCCGUGAUUGCCGUCCUUUCGGUCUGCAUCACUCUUCCAAUCGUCUACAACUAUGUGCACACCGUUCGUCGUCAACUCCACAACGAGGCGCUCACCUGCAAGGGAUCGAUGAAGGACGUGUGGGCCGAUGUGCACCAUCUCCGCGCCGACGCCGCCUCCUCAUCCAACCGUACCGCCCGUGCCGUCCGUUACGGCCGUGACGACGCCGCCGCCGGAAACGGACCAAACUUCGACUCGGGAUGCGAGGGAUGUUGCCAGCCAGGACCACAAGGAGCACCAGGAGCCCCAGGAAAGCCAGGACGUCCAGGAAAGCCGGGAGCACCAGGAUUCCCAGGAAAUCCAGGAAAGGCACCACAAAAGCCGUGCGAGGAGGUCACCCCACCACCAUGCAAACCAUGCCCACAAGGACCACCAGGAGCCCCAGGACUUCCAGGAGAUCAAGGAGAUAAGGGAGAGGCCGGAGCACCAGGACAACCAGGAUCUGACGCCGCGCCAGGAGAGCAAGGACCAAAGGGACCAAACGGAGCACCAGGAAAGCCAGGAGCACCAGGAGCACCAGGAGACGAAGGACUUCCAGCCGUCUGUGAGCCAGUGCAGAAGGGAGAGCCAGGACAGACCGGAGAGCCAGGACCAGUUGGACCACCAGGACCAUCCGGACAGCCAGGAAACGACGGAACUCCAGGACAACCUGGACCAAAGGGACCACCAGGACCAGACGGAAAGCCAGGAGCCGACGGAAACCCAGGACAACCAGGACCAGUCGGACCACCAGGAACACCAGGAGAGCGUGGAAUCUGUCCAAAAUAUUGCGCCAUCGACGGAGGAAUCUUCUUCGAGGACGGAACUCGCCGUUAA